UCUACCACGUUCUCAGCAUCCUCUUCAAGCCCCUCAUCACAACGCCUCACCCUUUCUCUCUUCCUCUUUCCCUUCAGCAAAGUAGAGUGCAAGCAUUCCUUCCUCCUUUCUUCUUUCAUUCAUCCCUUCUCGCUUUCUUCUUUUGCAUUCCUCUUCCUUUCUCUUUCUCUACCACCACUUCCCUCGCCAUUUCCUACUGACUCCUCGGCCAAGGAGGAGCCAUGGCUGCCGGAGCCACUCCACCAUGUGAUAAAUCAGACGCAAAAGUAACAUGGUUGUUUCUCAAUGAAGUCAUUGCAGUUUUUUACUCUGAUCCAGUCAUUGAGUAUCAUAAUGCUAAUGUCUCCGACUGUCUGGAAAGUCAUUCUCCUCUUUCUUGCGGUUCUUGCCAUCUCCAUCUGUUAUUAUUAGACAUCUGUUUGCUGGAUGAUCCUUUUAGAACCGUGGAUGCACAUACAAGAACUCAUCUAUUCCAGGUUAGAAGUGCUGAUGAUUAUUUCUAUGAAAUGUCUUAUUAUGGAGCUUUGGCAUAUGAUAAGAUGGUUGUGUAUGCUACCCAUCAUCUGGAAUUGUUGGAAGCUGCUGCUCUCAUUUUUUGUAAGAUACCAGGCAUUUUUCUUUCACUUAUUAGAAUAAUUGAUGGGAUUCUCACUAGUACUUUUGGCAGGUACUCGAAGAUGGAAAAAUAAUCGAGUCAAGAGUGUACAAUGAUCUCAUAGGAUGCUUCAAGAGCGCACAAUGAUCUCAUAGGAUGCCCAAACAGCAAAUUGAUGCAAUAAAUGGCUGUUGAUGAAGCAGUUAACCAAAUAAGUCCCUGCCAAGAAGAUGAUUCUGGUGGCUCCAGGCCCGGCCAAAAAGAUCAAAUUGAAGUGGUGGAAGAAAAUGUGCCGGAGACCAUCAUGGAUAGGAAGAGAACCAAAGAAGAGGAAGCAAUGACGGGUUAAGUGAAAUGGAGUGUUUACUCAACCUUUGUCACUUCAGCUUGUAGAGGACCUUUAGUUCCCAUUAUUCUCCUUUGUCAAAUUCUCUUCCAAGGGGCAGGGUGAGCGAUGGGCAUUUUAUGGGAAUCUAUAUUAAUUCUUCUGUCUAGUGCUAGCUCCAUCUUUAUGAUGGGAAGGGCGCUACUAAUGUCGACAGUUGCUCUAGAGACUGUUGAGCGUCUUUUUCAUGGAAUGAUCACCUGUUGCAUUUUUUGAUGUCACACCUUCAAGCAGAAUUAUGAGUAGGGUAAGUUUCACCAUGAUUAUGUAUAAGAUGAAGAUGCAUCAGUUGUGGCCCUGUUGCCGCCAUCACCACUAGGUGGUGGAGGUUUUGAAAAGGAAAAAUGUCAAGUGGGCAAGGUACCCGAGAUACUGUUGUAAUAUGGAUCAUUAGUAUCCCUAUAUAAAUAGGCAUGUAAUACUGAAACUCUAAUUAUUGUAUUUAGAACGAACCGAAUCAACUAGACGGAACUAUAGCUGCUCUAUAGUCGCAGAUGUAAGCAAUUUGAUCGAAGUACGUGACCAAAACUUUUAUGUGUUUCUCUUUACUUUCAUUUGUAUUUGCGUUUUUGUUCAAACACAAGGAAAAGUUGAAGUUUGAUAGAAGGAAUGCUACGUUUUCUGGUGGCGGCUUAUCGAUCAUUUCUCAUGUCUUCAUGUGUAUGAAAGUGCUAUGCCAUUGUUGUGUCUUUAAUUUGUGUUGAUGUUUCAAAAAUUGUAA